AUGGUGAAAAAUGUUGAUAAGAGCCCUUACUUUCUCAUUGACGGCUACCCUCGGGAACUCGAACAAGGGCUUCGCUUCGAAAAAGACGUGGCAAAGUGCUUCACAGUUCUCUACUUCAAACUCAGCGAGAAAGUGAUGAAAGAGCGUCUCCUUAAACGUGGGGAGACUAGCGGUCGUGUUGAUGACAACGAGGAAACCAUUGUCAAGCGACUCAAAACUUUUGAGGAAAAAACCGUGGCUGUCGUUGAUCACUACUCCAAGGAGGGCAAAGUUAUUACGGUAGGUGUGCGCAGUACAUAUGUGCAUUAUUUUCCUAUAAAUAUAAAGUAA